AUGGGUUGUGAUGCACAAUUUUUGAAGUACCCCGUAUUAGAAGAUACCCUUCAGUUACUCUUUCAAGUUUCCAACUCUUCUACCUUGGAAGAGUCCUUAGAGAUUCUCAUUCAGAAUGCAAAAUAUGAUUCUGGGCGUUUGGACUUAGCUUCCAAAAGGGUUCUCCCUGCAGUGUUGAAUAUAGUUCACUCACUCACUCAUGCUUCUCACAAUCAUCAUCAUCAUCAUCAUGAUGUUCUCUCUCUGUGUUUCAAGCUCCUUAGAAACUUGUGUGCUGGUGAACCUGCAAAUCAGGGUUCGUUUCUUGAGCUUAAUGGGGUGGUUCUUGUUUCCAGUGUUUUGAAGUCAGAGGUUGGUUCUUCUGGCCCUGAUCAUGGGUUGCUUCGUUGGGGUUUGCAGGUUCUGGCAAAUGUUUCUUUGGCUGGGAAACAGCAUCAGCGUGCUAUUUGGGAAGAGCUAUAUUUGCUUGGGUUUGUCUCUCUUGCAAGACUUGGCUCUAAGGAGAUUUGUGACCCUUUGUGUAUGGUGAUUUAUACAUGUUGUGAUGGACGCCCUGAAUGGUUUAGCAAGUUGUCUAGUGAUGAUGAUAAUUGGCUUGUGAUUGAAGAAAUUGUGAGGACUGCUGCUUCUGCUGGUUCUGAUGAGGAUUGGUUAAAAUUGCUUCUUUCAAGAAUCUGCCUUGAAGAAUCUCAAUUGCCUGUGCUGUUUUCUAAAUUAUGGUUUGUGGACACUCCUGAGGGUGAAGUUGCCGAGUCAAGAGAUGAUCAGUUUUCAUCUGAACAAGCGUUUCUUCUGCUAAUUCUAUCAGAAAUCUUGAAUGAGCAGCUCAGAGAUGUUACUGUGUCGAAUGAUGUUGCAUUGUUUGUUUUUGGAAUAUUGAAGAAGUCUAUUGGGGUUCUUGAACAUGCAAUUAGAGGAAACUCUGGUCUUCCUAGUGGCUCUGCUGCUAUUGAUGUUCUUGGCUACUCUAUAACCAUAUUGAGAGACAUUUGUGCUCAAAAUGUAAGAGGUAAUAAGGAGGAUGCAAAGGAUUUUGUUGAUGUGCUAUUGCCAUUUGGCCUCAUAGAGUUGCUUUUGUCUUUGCUUGGGGACCUUGAACCUCCAGCAAUAAUCAGAAAAGGAAUCAAACAAUUUGAGAAUGAAAAUGGUGCUAGAUGUUCCUCAAAACCAUGCCCUUACAAGGGUUUUAGGCGAGACGUAGUAGCGCUUAUUGGAAAUUGUGUGUAUAGAACGAAGCAUGCACAAGAUGAAAUCCGGCAAAAGAAUGGAAUUUUAUUGCUGUUGCAACAGUGUGUUACUGAUGAAGAUAAUCGUUUCUUGAGAGAAUGGGGCAUAUGGUGUGUGAGGAAUAUGUUGGAGGGCAAUGAGGAGAACCAAAAGGUAGUUGCUGAAUUGGAGCUUCAGGGAUCUGCUGAUGUGCCUGAAAUUGCUGCACUUGGUCUCCGAGUGGAAGUGGAUCAGAGAACUAGACGUGCUAAGCUUGUAAACAUCCCAUGAAAAAUCUCUAUAACUUGGCUGUAUCCAACUUUUUUACUUGUAUGGUGUCUUAGGAAAAAUGCACAGAAAAAUCUUAGGAGGUUAACAACAAAAGUAAUGCAC